AUGUCAUUUUCGAAGCGAGUGCAGGUGUGGGCUUUAAGUUUUGUUGAUGACUUCAUGGACCGAUUCCAACCCAGGUCGACGCUUUUUUUGUGUGGGAUGUAUAAGGUACAGGGUUAUAAAAGGUGUAGCCAUUUUAUUUGGUAUGACGAUGAAAUAUCUUCAAGAGCUAAGGAGAUUAUCAAUACACUACAAAAAAAGUUAGAUCAAGAAAGGGCAAAAGUGGAUGAAGCUAAUAUCAAAGUACCUGAAGUAAAGACAAAGUUGAAUUCAAUAAACUUAAUGAUGAAAUUCUCUGUUUUAAUAACAUUUGUUUUGGCAAUAGGAUUAGUGUUAUCAACUGUAAUGAAGUAG